AUGCAUCGGCAAUACAAAGUGUACGAUGUCCUUAGGGAUAAGAAGGAGGCGAAGAGGUUGGUUCGAGGCAUUGAUAAUCAUGGCUGCACCAUAUUGCACCGCGCCGCAGACACCAAAUUUUACCACGGAGGAACCAAACCUACUCCUGCCCUCAAAUUACAGCAGGAGCUGAUAUGGUUUGAGCAAGUGAAAGCUCAAAUGCCCCCUCAUUUUAUCAUGCACAUCAACAAAAAGGGCAAAACAGCAGAUGAGCUUUUCAAGGAUAUGCACCGACAGCAACUCAAAGUCGCCCAAGAUUGGGUGAAGAACACCUCUCAGUCGUGCUCGACGGUCUCCAUUCUCGUGGCCACCGUCGUCUUUGCCGCCGCAUACACCGCACCAGGAGGUUUCUUGCAGACAGAUGGGAGACCGAUCCUCCUUGAGAGGCCUCUCUACUCGUUUUUCACCGUGAUGGACGUUGCCGGCCUGGCGAGCUCGUUGACCUCGGUGGUGGUCUUCCUCUCGAUCCUCACUUCUUCGAUCGAUUUUGGAGAUUUUCAUCACCGGCUCCCACGGAACCUCUCGCUCGGUUUUACCUUUCUGUUUUUCUGUCACUUCGACAAUGCUAACGUUCACGGCCACCAUCUUUCUGCUCGUUCAUUUGCAGACAAAGUGGACCGCAUCACUAACUACUUCAAGGCUGCAGUCAAAAGCAUUCUUGAUUUCCUUGGGAAGAAUUUGCCUGGAAACUGGGAUUUUCUUGAAAUUAAAGAUGAAUGA